AUGGAAUAAAGAUAAUUUACAAUAUGUUAGGACACUUAGAAUUAAGAGAAAUAUCUUUGUCUUAAUAAAGAAUGUUAUACAUCAAAGAAGAAAUAAUUACAUUGUCAUGAAUGUUUAGUGAAAUUACACAAAACAGAAAAAAAUAGUAUUAAACAUUAUGAGGAAUUCGUUACUUUAGAUUCCAUUAUUAAUGAUUUAAUAAGAAGGAAUAACAAGAAGUUAGAAUUAUAUAAUCAAAUGAUUAUAGAUGCACAUCAAUUCAAAAAAGAUAAAUUCAAAGAGUUAUGCACUUUAAGUAAAAGUUUAUAAACUUAAAUUAGAAUCAUUUUCUAGUAAGAGCUCAGAAUUUCAGAAUCAAGUAUUCAAGAAGAUUGAAUUGUUUGUUGAAGAAAUUCCUAAAUAAUUGAAUCCAUAAAUGUCAUUGAUUAGAUAAGGAUUACAAUUUUAAAAAGAAAAGCUCCAAUUUCAAAUUGAACAAUAUUUAUCAAAUGAUACAAAGUUUGAAAAUUCAUUGAAGCUAAUUAUUGAAGAGAUCAAAAAGAAUAUUGAAACUUAUAUAGCUUCAAUAGAAUUACAAGAUUCUUAAACAAUUAAGUAAAAUGUGUUAGUGAAUACAGGAAGAAAACCAUCCAAUAAUUGCAGAAAAAAAUUGCAGAUUUAGAAGGAGUUAAGACUAUGUCCACAACAAAUUACAUUCCUAAAACAACAACAAUGAUUAUCAUCAUUCCAUUAUUGUAUAUAAUCUAUACUAUUAUUGAACUUGAUAAUUAGGUUAUAAAGUAAUAAAACUAUUUAAAUAUAGACUUCAAAUGAAAUUAGAUUAACAAUUCUAAUAUAUUCUAGAGUCUUAAAAAUUAGUAUUGUCGGAAAUUAAAUAAUAAAAAAAAGAAUAAGACAAUUAAAUAGAAAUACUUAUUAAAUAGUCAAAUGAAACUCUUUAAAGUAAUAAUAAUGUUAAGGAUAUUUUGAUAAAUAAUGAUUCAAAGUUAACAUUAAAAAUAAUCUAAUUAUCUAAGAAAACAGAUGAAGAAUUUAAUAAAACAAACAAUAUUUUAAAAGAAUUAAAUAUAAAUAAAACAAUCAUUUAAAAUUUAGAUGUUAAAACCAUAUAGUUUAGUGAGCAUUCAGAAAUUAUUAAAACAGAUUAUCUCAUUAAUAAUUUAAUUAUUGGAUAGUAAUUGAAUUUUACAAAAGCUGAAUUAAUUUAUAAGAGUAAAAGAGAUGGACUUUCAAUGAAUGCUUUUUGGUUAAACAUGCGUAAAUAUGGAUCUACUUUACUUAUAGCUAAAUUUCACAACUCUGAAAUAGUUGGAGCUUUUACUUAACCUCCUUACAUUCCAUCAUUUUAUGGAGAUUAUAUGGUAGAUAAUACUUAUAAAUCUUUUUUAUUCUCAUAUACAAAAAAUUAAAUUUAUAAAGUAAAAGAUAAUAAAUUUACUUUAUAUUCUAAAUAUAUGGUAGGACCAUAAUUUGGAUAAGGUCCAGAUCUCAGUUUAUAAGGACAAGAAUUUGAUCAAUGUUCAAGUAAUAUUGGAUAUACAUAUGAACAUGUUUAAUAGAAAGGUGAUUCCAUUAUGAAGGGUUCCCCAAAGAUUAUAGAAAUGGAAGUAUUUUUAUUGAGUUGAUUCAAAUUCAUUGUGUUUAUUGAUAAGUGUCUAAAUUAUCUUCAG